UUUAUUUGUUUGUUUGUGUACCAGAUUUCCUUGUAAAUUAUUAGCAACAGCUUUUGCCAAUCCUCUAAAAAAAAAAAUCCGUCUGCGUAUAUAUAACAAGGUGAUUUGUCUAAACGGAAAUAACCAACUGUGGUAACGCUGUUUUUAGAAAUGCAGUCGAAAACAUUGCUGUGUUUGAAUUUAUUUUUUGUUUUAUUUGAUAAUGGAGCAACACAAGAUGUCUGUAACCUACCGGCUGUUACCGGACCGUGUAAAGCAGAUAUGCCGCGAUAUUUCUACAACGCACACACAUGUCAUUGUGAUAAGUUCACAUACGGUGGUUGUGAUGGGAACGGCAACCGCUACGAAAAACUAGAAGAUUGCAAUGCUGCUUGUGGGGAGGUCAAUUGUCCGAUAUGUAACCUUCCGCCAAGCCGCGGCCCUUGCAAAGCGAAGCAAGAACGCUGGUAUUUCGACGCCACGUCUUGCACAUGUAAAACAUUCACGUACGGCGGAUGCAAAGGAAACUUGAACCGAUUCAUGACCAAGCAGGAUUGCGAAGGGUCUUGCGGUAGUUACCAAUGCCCAGUAUGCGCCCUGGAGAUGAAAGUCGGUCCUUGCAAAGGUGCGAUCAAUCGCUGGUACUACGACACCAAAGAGAACAAGUGCAAGCAGUUCUCGUGGGGCGGCUGUGAGCCGAACGGAAACAACUUCCAAAAUGAAGAAGAUUGCAAAAAGAUCUGCAAAGGAUUUAAGCAGAAGUAUUAAUAAAAUCCUUUAGAAAUCAGACUUUUUACUUCCAUGACGAUGUACUUUUGUAGACGAAUUACCUUUUUAUGUUUUUAUUGUAGAAAAUUUUGCUUUAUUUGUCAAUACAAAGCUAUCUUUAAUGAAAUGAUAAUACAAUUGUCAGCUUUUAAUAGCAUAAAAUUAAUUUAUGACUGUGAAAAUUGGUACAAAUAAGCAAUUGAAAUACAAUUUAAUACCAACUACAAUUUCUGUGAAAUGAUGCAUUCAAUUAACUAUUUAGUUUUUUUUAGGCAACGUUCAAUAAAUGCAACUGAAAUGGACACAACUCAUAACCAAACAUAGCAUACGACGUUGUUUCCGUUUAUUAGACAAUAAUAUAUACUUCUAUACAUAUAUGAAAAUAAAA